GCUACAGGGCACCGCAGCAAAGUGACAAAAAAGCAGAGCAACAGAUCCAUUUCCGCACAUUCCUAGCAGCUCGAGGCCACUGCUCUCCAUUCCCCUCGCUCGUCGCCAUGGUCGCCAUCUCCCCCCACCUCACCGCGACCCUUCCGUUUCUCCCGACUCUGCGGCCACGUCCUCGCCGUCUUCCGCAGGACGCCUUCGCGGCCUCCGUGUCCGCGCACCGAACCGCCGGCGUCGCCCUCCAUGGCUGCAGGCAUUGCAAUCCUUUAGCAAGAAGACUUCAUGGGUUUGAGAAUACAAUAAGCUUCUGGACACGGACGGAGCACAAUAAGCAAGCUCUAUUUGCCUCAGGCAGGGAUGAUAACUCGAGUUCUCCAGAUGGGCCGCCUGUCCUGACUAUUCUGGCAGGUGUCAUUGUGUUCCUUCUUGUCCUCUGGGUAAUUGGAUCGAUUGUUACCUGGAUUGUGGGUUUGGUCUUUGGUGCUGCAAAAUCUUAGAAGGUCCAUUUGAGGGUAGCUAAGAACCAUUUCAAUUGUAUAUACUUUGUGCUGUCGUUUCUUUGCUGAAGCCUUGAAUAAAUUGCAUUGUCUGGUAUGUUUUUAGAGGAAGUCAUGUAUAACUGCAAUUGCAUUUUGUGUUGUUAUCUGUCGUAGAAAAUUUUCGGGUUCCA